AUGCCAAGACAAAGUCGAACACGAAAUCGCUUUAUCAUCGCCUUUAUCAUUAUGAUGUGCAUGGCAUCACUGUAUAUUUUACUUUUGAAAAUCCGAAAAAUGAAUCAUCUGUCCGAAUUGGAAGAAAACUCAAGGCAUUUUGCUAUAAUCAACGAUAUUGUGUACUAUAAUUCUACUUAUUCUGCAUCUGAAAAACCAACUUUUAUGUUUCUGAUAACCAGUCAAAUUGCUAAUUUUUAUCUUCCGAUGACUUGUAGUUCAAUUGAUGGAUAUACUGAAACUACUUCACAAAUUGCAAUUCAACAAGUUGGAGAAUCUUUGUUAGUUGGAAUAUGCACAGUAGUUGAAGACCCAUUAUACGUCACUUUGAAACUGGAUGAUUUCAGCAUGCAGAUUGAUGCUCCGACUCCUCUCGAGCCGCUAUCAAUCAGGAAAUCAGUUGUAAAAGAGGAUCAUGUCAUUUGUAUGUCUCAUUUAAUACUUUAUGAAGAUGGAACCACAGUCCUUUCUCUUUUGAAGCAUUUUAAAAACUCGGCUGCCAAGAUUAUGAUCUACGCUGCGAGUGUCAGGCAAGCCGAUUUCGUUUCUUUCUCUAGUACUCUCUUUUUCUCUAAUUUCAGUGAUAGCUUAUACAAAGCUCUUGAAGAGUAUUCGGAUAAUGUAGAAGUUGUUCCAUGGAUGCUUCCAGAAACCAAAAAGCGAGGGGACUUCGAUAAACUAAAACUAGAUCCAAAUUAUUCAAGAGCAGGAACAGAUGGAAGUUUGACUCAUUGCUUCUUAAGAUAUGCUCCCGUUGUUCGCAAGUUGACUCUGAUUGAUUUGGCUACUCUUAAGUUCAAUUCAAUUCCGUUUAAUCCAGAUUAUACCUUAAGCAAAGAAGUCACAAGCCUGGUGACAGCAGGAUGGAAGUUGAAAAAGUUGACCAAUUAUCGUGUCACUAUGAAUUCCCAGAACGAUGUCGUUCUGAAUGAAAAGUGUUUUGUUCAUCAAGAUGCGCAAGAUUUGGAUAAAGAAUGCGGAGAUUUGCAGAGUCCGAAUAUCGAGAACACUCCUUCUCGUUCUAUCUACAUUCCAAAAGUAGUCCAAUUCGACAAUUUGAGUAUUUACGAAGAUGCCCUCGGACGAUGCACUUCGUACAAGUCGACGAUCGAAGAUCGUCAGAAACUAAUGAAGUUCGAAUUCGAAUUGGAAAAUCGCGUCUCGUCGGAAGUCUGUGAAAUUGAAUUGAUGCGCGACGACUUCAAAUGUCGAGUGGCAAUGGAUUACAGCAAGAAAAUGUUCAGACGAAGGACACGUCUUCUGAUCACUCACAAACGGGCAUUUUUACGGUUUUGGGAUGGUUGCCAUCUAUAG